AUGGGAGGAGGCCGGACCACACCGGUGAGCACGGCCAUGAUGGGGAGGCGCGAGCGAGGGCACGAGGCUGCCGGGAGCCGGAGAGUGCGAGAGGCUGGCAUUGAGGGACGCAUGGAAAGCCAUAAUCCAUCACAUUCUCAGAUUGCUGAAGUGAAAAUGGACAUCUCAGCAUCAGCUUCUGGAGCAGCAGGGAACAAAUUCUGCAAAGGUGCUGCCUGUGAUUUCUCUGAUUCCAGUAACUCCUCGAAAGAUGCCAAGGAGAGAUCCGCGUCCAUGAGGAAGCUUAUAAUUGCAGUGAUCCUUUGCAUCAUAUUCAUGACGGUGGAAGUGGUUGGGGGCAUCAAAGCAAACAGUCUUGCCAUCUUAACUGAUGCAGCACAUCUUCUUUCUGAUGUGGCAGCAUUUGCCAUAUCAUUAUUCUCUCUCUGGGCUGCUGGAUGGGAAGCAACACCGCAGCAGUCUUAUGGGUUCUUUCGGAUUGAGAUUCUUGGUGCCUUGGUCUCCAUUCAGCUCAUAUGGCUACUUGCUGGCAUACUGGUAUAUGAGGCUAUUGUAAGGCUCAUUAAUGAGAGUGGCGACGUGCAGGGCUCCCUCAUGUUUGCUGUGUCGGCAUUUGGAUUGUUUGUCAACAUUAUAAUGGCUGUAUUGCUAGGCCAUGACCACGGGCACGGCCAUGGUCACAGCCAUGGUCAUUCACAUGACCAUAGUCAUGGUGAUUCAGAUGAUGACCAUUCCCACCAUGAAGAACAAGAACAGGGCCAUGUCCAUCACCACGAGCACGGCCAUGGAAGUUCUAUUACUGUUACAACACAUCACCACCACCACUCAGGCACUGGACAACAUCAUGAUGUUGAGGAGCCACUGAUUAAGCAUGAGGCUGACUGUGAGGGUACCCAAUCUGCUGCCAAAGCUGCUAAGAAGCCUCGACGCAAUAUAAAUGUACACAGUGCUUAUCUUCACGUGCUUGGGGACUCCAUCCAGAGCAUCGGGGUGAUGAUCGGUGGGGCUAUCAUCUGGUACAAGCCUGAGUGGAAGAUCAUUGAUCUUAUCUGCACCCUCAUCUUCUCGGUGAUUGUGCUGUUCACCACAAUCAGGAUGUUGCGCAACAUCCUUGAAGUCCUGAUGGAGAGCACACCCCGUGAGAUCGACGCCACCAGGCUGGAGAGGGGGCUUUGUGAGAUGGAAGGCGUGGUUGCCGUCCAUGAGCUGCAUAUCUGGGCCAUCACAGUGGGGAAGGUGCUCCUGGCUUGCCAUGUGACAAUCGCUAGGGAAGCCGAUGCUGAUCAGAUCCUUGACAAGGUAAUCGGGUACAUCAAGACGGAGUACAACAUCAGCCAUGUGACCAUUCAAGUCGAGCGUGAAUAG